AUGAAUCAGACUUCAGAGGCUGUUGCUACUGCCACUGCUACAGCAUUCAUCAAUCUACCAUUUCGAAUAAGUAUCACAUCUGUCAGUCUGCUCGCUACAAUAUUCAAUGUGACAGCGAUAAUUGUUGUCUUCAAUUCAUAUUUCGGUUCAAAAUUUACCAACUUCAUUUUGAAAGCUCAACCAAUUAUCGACUUGACUGCAUCCUUAUCAGCAGCAAUAUUCUACAUAGUUCAGUCUACACCAUAUCCCAAUGAACAGACAGGAGUGUAUAUUAUCGACUUGCUCAUUUGUCAUUUCUGGUUCCGAAAUGCUUCAUUCUGGUUUCCCUGUAUCCUGAGUGUACAAAAUCUUGUUUGUAUAUCAAUUGACCGAUUUACUUCUGUGGUAUUCCCGAUAGUAUACAAAACCAACUCGAACAGAUUAUUUGUAUUCUACUUUCUGUAUUUGACAACGAUGUUGUUGAUUUUGUAUCCACCGACGCCACUGUUCCGUCGAUACACUGAAUAUCAAUGUGUAAUGGAUUAUUCGUUUCCAUGGAUGCAAGAUAAAAUAUUCCUAGAUUUCGCUGUAUAUUCAUGGGUUGUAUUCGCUUAUACGUUGCCAGUGUUAGUAAUGAUCAUUAGUCAUGUGUGGGUAAUACACAGUAUUCGACGGUCUCAAUCACAUCGACACACUUCAGUGUCAUUGAGUUCUGAUGGUUGUGUACAGAUAAGAAAGAAGGUGAAACAAUUGGUGGUUACAACUGCAAUCAUGUCUAGUCAACAGGCUGCACUACACUUUUUCGAGUGUCUUCAGCAAAUACUAGUUACAACAGGUGUUAUGAGUUACACAUAUGGCAAUCCUAUUGAACAAACAUCUACACUACUCUUACUGUUUAGCUGUUUGUUAAAUCCCUGCAUACUGGUCCUGACAACAGCUACUUUGAGAAGACGUUUGUCGAUAUCAGUGAAGAGGAUAACAGAUAAAGUGAGUGUUAGCAGUGGGCGAGUUGGAAUGACUUCUGGUCCAAUCAGUUCUGGACAACUCACCACUGUAGACUGUGAUCGUUAGAGGUGUGUAAAUAUGUCGAUUCCUAUCGGUCAACAAACUGAUCAUCUAGAUGUUCUGCAUUGUAGAAAAGCUUUGUUUUAAGCAUUAUGUUAACAUGUAUUAAAUGGGUAUAUCCAUCAACUGUUUUACAGUUACACAAUGAAAU